ACCUGGUGAGAAGGGGUGGCGCUGCUUUUUUGCACCACAAACACAUUAGCUGCCUGCGCGCGCUGUAGUCGAAGGCUGCGGACGAAGGUGGGGAGGCUCACCAGCGAACGUACUGCGCGCCGCUACUCCCGGGACGCGGUUGGCCAGCUCAAAUGCAGUGAAGGGGAGAAAACAAAAAACUAAACAAAAAAACUUCUGAUUAAGCUCUAUUUUAUGGUGUCUGAAUAGAAGAUGGCGCCGUCAGGCUCAGGCAGUAUCAAAAGGAGCUGUCAGAGAGUUUUAUACUGGAUCCCAGUCCUUUUCAUUACCAUCAUAGUGGCUUGGUCCUACUACGCCUAUGUUGUUCAGCUCUGCAUAGAAUCUGUGGAGAAUAUCGGGGAGAAAAUUGUUUGCCUCCUGGCCUAUCAUAUAUUUUUCUUCAUGUUCGCCUGGGCCUACUGGCAAACCAUUUUCACGAAAGCAAUGAAUCCGUUGAAGGAGUUCCACCUGUCAUAUGUGGACAAAGAAGGGCUGGAGAGAGAAGAUCGAGGAGAGUCACAGCAGGAGAUCUUGAAACGAAUAGCCAAGGACUUACCCAUCUACACCCGGACGAUGUCUGGGGCUAUUCGUUUCUGUGACCGAUGUCAGCUGGUGAAGCCGGAUCGAUGUCAUCACUGUUCGGUCUGCGAUAAGUGCAUCUUAAAGAUGGAUCACCACUGUCCCUGGGUAAACAACUGUGUGGGCUUCUCCAACUACAAGUUUUUCAUGCUUUUUCUGCUGUAUUCUCUACUCUACUGCCUCUUCAUUGCCGCUACAGACUUACAGUACUUCAUAAAAUUCUGGACCAACGGGCUGCCUGACACCCAGGCUAAAUUCCACAUCAUGUUCCUGUUCUUUGCGGCCUCCAUGUUCUCGGUCAGCCUCUCCUCCCUGUUUGGGUACCACUGCUGGCUGGUCAGCAAGAACAGAUCCACUCUGGAGGCCUUCCGAGCUCCCGCCUUCAGACACGGAGCGGAUAAGAAUGGCUUCAGCCUGGGCUUCAACAAGAACUUCAGACAGGUCUUCGGCGAUGAGAAGAAGUACUGGCCGCUGCCCAUUUUCUCCAGCCAGGGUGAUGGCUGCUCCUUUCCCACCUGCCUCGUGAACCAGGACCCCGAGCAGCCGCCAACCCCGGUCGGAUUCAACCCGCCAAACAAGCCUGCUGGAGAAACCACCGCCUUCCCAGCUAAGCCACUCAGAGAGUCCCAGAGCCGGCUGCUGAACAGCGGACAGUCCUGGACGGAGAGCGAAGGGGGCGAGGGCGAGGACAAGGACACGCAAGGAACAAGCAACCCUGCAAUGACCAUAGAAAAUGAGACUUAAAGAAGGAUUUACAUACUGGAAUAAAGCGUUUGAAGGUCCCCUCUCUGUUCUCAUAGGUCUGGUCUAUGGAGUGUGAUGGAGCCCAGAGGGAUCUUGGUCAUACUGAGUGGUUGGUGUGCCUGUGUGGGUGUGCUGUCUUGGCAAAAUCCCAUCAUCUGAUUAGUGCUUUUCAUCUCUCGGGUCAAAACCGAAAUGGUGCAUUCAAUCACUCUGUGAGAAAAAAAAAAGAGCUGAUGUUUCUACCUACAGCAUUUAUUUACAAAAAAACAUGGCUUCAAGUUUGAGAUCCGAGAAAUGUGGAAUUGUACCCACGAUCGUGGUGAAAUACGAAGCUGUUUUGUGGCCUAGAAACGAUGUGUCAAGUCAAGCAAAGUUGCAAGGACAAAGUAGCAUUCCAACUAUUCGUACUGUUUUUAAAGUUUGUAUUUGAAAAAAAAAAAGCACAGCAAGAAAGUAAAAAAAAAAAGAAAAGAUUUUAGCGUCUGUGGCACUGUGGAUUAUAGGUAAUAGCUUUGAGAAUGUACCUUUCACGUUUUCUUACAAAGAGCUCUGAGGUUGACAGUUUGACUUCUGGAACAUGGAAUUACUCCUACAUUUUAAAUGACAAGCUUCUUAUUAACGUUUCCAAGUUUUAUUUACUUUUCGUGCCUUCGUCCAUAUAAUUUGCCUGUGAGUAUAGAAAAAUGCAUACAGAUAUUACAAACAGAACUUUUUUUACACUGAAGUUAUCAUUAUGAGUCUUAUUUGGACCAACAACUUAAAUGGACAUUUGUCAGAAAAAUAAACAUACUUCAGAUAACUGUACAGUUGAAAAGACGUUCUGCAUUGUGUGACCACUGAGAUGUACACAAUGCAGUUGAAGCUUUUAUACGGCAUGCCAAAAGAUACCUAAAAAAAAAAUUUUGUAUGUGUAUAAGACUUGAACGAGAGGUAUAUCGGUAAUAAACAGCACUUUCAUACAGCACUUUCUCUAUGCUGUGUUUAUCAGUAUAUGCAGUACUGUGUGACUUUGAUCUAGUCGGUGAGCAUUUAAACAUGCUGAACGCUUUGAAGGUAUAUUCACGGGCACAUAAUGCUGUGAGCUAUAAGGGCUGUAUUAUUAUUUAUGGAUUUGAAUGAAAUAAGGUGCCUGUAUGAAAUUGAAGGUCAGUAUCUCGGAGGUUAAAAAAAAUAAAAAUCUUUCACUGCAAAUCUACUGGUCACUUCAGCUUCAGAAGCUUCUACUCUGUAGUGGCUGAUUUAUGUCAGAUGUAGAAAUAAAAGUGCAUUGCCAUGAAAUGUACAGGAGAAACUGAAAACACCCCCCCUCUCUUUCACGCCCCCCCCCCCCCCCACCAGAGUGAAUGAUGCAUUAGCUCUCUAACACACCAGGUCAAGGGGGGGAAAGGAACAUCUAAAGCAAAUCAGAAAAAUACUCAUACAAUUUACCAUUUACAUUCUUUCCUAGUACUUCUACACUUUUUUUUUUCACCCUCCAUGCAAUCUGAAUUGGCUAAUUGUAUGUCCUCUUUACCCCCUUUGGUUCCAUCUCUUUUCUCCCCCAAAUUGAAACUGCCAACUGUGCCUCUCAAACUGCUGCUGCUGUGCCAACCUUUCCCAGAAUAAGGAACACCAGCUGAGGCUGGCCCCUCCUCCAGCUAACGCAGUAGUGAAUGAGUGAGUAGUCCUGGCUCACCUACUAUCUGUGUGUGCUGUGCGGACAGAGCAGGGUUAAGACCCAUAUCCCACCCCCACCCCCUAUUUUCAUUUUGGACAUACAGCCUCAAAAUGGCUACCUGCAUAGUUUCAGAAAUUCAGCCCCAGCUCCUGUCCUGCUGACACACAGGUGUAUUUUAUUUAUUUAUUUAUUUUUUUUUACUAACGCCCAAAGCUCUGUCAUGUGAUGACUGUUUCCAGACCUGUGGCGCAUUGUGACUCACUCUUCAUCUUCAGAAAACGCUGUUUGCUUUCCGGACAUGAUCUCAUUUCCUUUCGGGGAAGAACGUUCUUGUGUGAUUCAGUUUUAUGAAGUCAUCUUUAUUUUACUGCCUGGAAGUGUUAAAUGCAAUCACUUGUACUUGGGGGGGGGGGGGGGGGGGGGGGGCGAAACAAUACCCAUUGAGCAGUCAUACAGGGAAUAGUGCCUGUAAGACCAAUCCAUCAUUCCUACAACCGUGUAAGAACGAUAUAUACCUCCAAUUUACUAAGUAAAUGGGUAAUCUAGCCGUGCGCGUGCUGGAGGAUUUCUCUCUAUACCUCUCAUGGAGCAAUUUCACGGACAGCAGUUUAGUGAGUGGGUAGGAGGACUUGAAAAAACUGCCUUUGAUUUGCAGCUAUAUUUUAUUGGUUGGGGUGUCCCAAGAUUUACGAUCAAGAUGGGUGGGAGUGGCCUCUCUCAUAUAGUUUACGAGCAAAUGUACUGUCGUCGUUACAAUGACAGCCUGUCGUUGAAGAGCGUGAUACAAAAGUUCAGACUGGAUAUAAUUUAAUAUAUAUGCAGAAGUACUGGGACAGUCACGGCAAAUUUAUUGUUUUUCCUCUGUACUAAUCAUAUUUGUAUUUCAAAUGAAACGAUGACUACGAGGAAAAAUUCAGAAUGUCUACGAUAUUACAACAAUGUCGUUCGAUGAGUUAGGUUCCCCUAUUUCAAGUCAGCAUUAGUAUUGGGACAAAGUACGUUUUGACAAAUUUAAUGAUUUGCAAGGUCAAUAUUUUGUUACUGUCCCAAUUCUUUUGAAUUUAAUUGUAUACUGUAAUGACAGAAUCUUUUUUUAUUAUUCUAAGCAUACCAGAAAGUCAAAUUGGCUCUAAGCAGAAACUAUAUAUGAUAUGCUCAUGCAACACUUGUCAUACAUUUACAAUUGAGGUUUUAAGGUGUCACGGUAACAACAGUUUGAAUAGGCUGAGGGAUUGCCAGAAAAAAAACAUUAUAACAUUACUGAUUUCAGUGUUGUUCCACUGUUAUAUAAAAAUAAAAAUAAAAAUGAACAUGGGGUUUUAAAAAUCCAAAAUAUUUGUUAUUUGAAAGUUUACUAAUGUACAGCAUAAAUGUUACUGGUGAAAACCAUUGGUGUUUUGUUGACUGGGAAUGCUGCAUUUUUCUCUAAGAAAUGUAUGUCUUACAGUGUAUGCUUUUAAUUGAUGCAACCCAUGUAUUAUGUAAACAGUAUAGCAUAAUAUAUUUUUAUAUUAAUUUGCUGGCGAUAUGGAAUAUGCUUAUCUCUUUGAAUACGAUGUGAAGACUGUGUACAAUGUGAAUGCCUCGUCAAGAUGAGAAAUAAAGUUUUGCGUUCAAAACUUU